GUGCCAAACAGACCUUUGAGAACACGCUUCCGUUCAUCAUCUGGCAGGUCGCCCAUUCAGUGGAGACCAUCCCAUUCGGCAAACUCGAGCCCACGGAGAUAUCCAGGUUAUCUUCGUGGAUAUUGGGAGAGCAACAGAAAAAUGAGUUUUAAAUCUCUGCCAAAAGAAGAAAGAGCCCAUUAUGCUAAAAAAAUAGCAUCUGAAUCAGUAUAUCUGGUUUCACCGCAUUCAAGAAACUUUCAAGGGCGGACGCAACCAGUACAUCAGGUUGUAUUAACCAAGAGGAAAGUCCCAGAGGAAGAUGGACUGGAAGAAACGAAAGACAUUUCUGUUCGAGUCAUGUCCUCUCAUUCAGUACUGGUCACAUGGACAGAUCCCUUCAGUGAAAAGCAGAAAAGACCAAUCCCCUCUAGGCAAUACACUGUCCGUUACAGAGAGAAAGGGGAAUCGGCAAGGUGGGAUUACAAACAAGUAUCCAACAAGCGGGUCUUGGUGGAUAAACUAAUUCCAGACACUAUGUAUGAAUUUGCAGUUAAAAUCUCACAAGGAGAAAGGGAGGGCAAGUGGAGUGUUUCAGUUUACCAAAGAACCCCAGAAACUGCUCCUGCUAGUGCCCCAGAAAACCUCAAUGUGUGGCCAAUUAAAGGCCAAACUCCUUCUGUUGUGGCUACCUGGGAUGCCCUUGCAGAAAGUGAAGGAAAAGUCAAAGAAUACAUUCUCUCAUACGCCCCGGCACUCAAACCCUUCGGCGCAAAGUCCAUUUCCUACCCGGGAGAGACUACAUCUGCUUCAGUGGAGGGUCUGCAGCCUGGGGAGCGCUAUGUUUUCAAAAUUCGUGCUGCAAACAGGAGGGGCCAAGGCCCUCAGUCGAAAGCCUUCAGUGUCGCCCUGCCAGCAACCAAUAUAGAUGAAUUGAAGACAAAUCAACAAACAAAUACAGAAGAAGAUUUGGAACCUAAAAUGUCUUUGAAAAUUAUGCCUUCUUCCCCUUUUCUAACUUCUUCUGCCUUGUCUCAAAGUGCUUCACCAUCCUCGUCUUCUAAGCAUUUUUCUAGUCACUCAGUUACUUUUCCUGAUGAGGUAGAUUCAAAAUAUCCAGUUUCUGAUCCGAAAAAUAAAGUCUCAGAUGGUUCAAAAAAAGAAGCAGAGCUGAAAAUGGCUUCUCAUUCUACAGAAGAUUUGGUUGAUUCUGUCAAGGCAACAUCAACAAUGCAAUCCAAAGUUCAGAAUAUUAAAGGGAAUGUUAAAUCCCAUUCCGCCAUUAAACCUGCACACACUUUCACAUCCUCAGAUAAAGCACCUCUCAGGACACGAACGUUAGUAAGGGUAGGACAAACAAAUCCUGAUACGCCUAGAUCACUACCAUCUUCUUCCCUUCCCAAACAUACAGAGGAUGAAACAAAGGAUCUAGGACAGGACAGACCUAACCUUUCUCCUGUGCCUAAAGCUACUGUAGAUAAUUUGCCUGUAGAUAAUGAAAGUAACAACCAACUAGACAAUCUGGAGGAUAAGCCUAGAACUCCAGAAGAGAGCCAUUCAGUUUUACUUUCAAGUAAGCAACUGUCUGCAUCUCGGAAGACAACUCAUAGUAGACCCACCAAAUUGCGUUUCCCUUCUAUAUCAGUUAAAUCUCCUUCACCAACCGCAGCUGCAAGGUCUCAAAAUCAUUCACAUCACUUCUCUUACAAACCAAUUACGCCUGAUACCGGCGAUAUUCUCAAUAGUGAUAAGAGCAGAGGAACAGAAAAAAGAGAGCAGAAAUUAAAUUCCAGGGCGUCUUCUCCCCAGGGAGGUUCAUCUCCAUCUGUGCAAACAAAGCCUCUCACAUAUUCUAAUCGCCAUGCCUUGAGAGAUCCAAAAAUAACUACCUCUGCUGUUUCUGCUGCUGCUACUCAUACUUUACCUCAUUCACGUGUUUUAUCUUCUGAUAAACAUAAGUCCAAGGGAAGAGAUAAUUCUGAUGACAGUGAAAAUGAAAAGAGUGAAAGAGAAGGCGAUGAAGAAGACAAACAAGGGUCAUCAUAUUCUAGACCAAAUUUUAGGCCCUCUUCAGGUCUGGCUACCUCGGAACGCUUUGAUUUAUUAAAAUAUAGAUCUGUUAUUACUUCUAACAGAUUUGCAAAUAGAGUUACCAAUAACCAUGAUGCAAGAAUGCAACCACCCAAAGAUCCUUCUGCUACACAGCCUUCCAAAGUUCAUCCUCAAUUUCGUUCUCGUAUAGCACCUGGCAGUACCAGUCUUAGGUCUAAUUUCAAUAUCGAUAAAAAACAGAGGAGUAAAAAUGAAAAUCCUCUACCAUCCACUCCUCUCCGUAGUUACUCACCACCAUUUUCUAAGCAGUCUUCUUCAGUAGAUGAUUUCAAAAGGAAACCUGUGGCUGAAACUAAGAGUCACCACAGAGUUACACCAACUAACAAACCUAAUCUUGUAAACACCCAAGAAAAUAACCAUAAUAAAGAAAAAGAAACCACAGAUACAGAUUCCUCAAGAAUAUCUGCAGAAAAAUCAUUUCCUCUACAUUCUCCUACUUCCUGGUCUCAACUUGAUGAUGGCAAGAUCAAGACUACAUCUCCUAGGACAAAACAAACAUCAUCUUUGUCAAAGAAACCAAACACUGCUUUAGCCCAUAAAAUUGUACAGCCAGAAUCCAUUCGUUCCUCAAAAGCAUUAACUGAUUGGGCACAAGUCCGAUCCUCUUUAAACUCAAGAAGUGAUCUGAUGUCGCUUUCAAAGAAUAAUAAAGAACUUACUGAUAAUGACAGUUCAGAAGACAAGGAAACAAAUGUUAAAGAGGAGCAAAGAGGAUCUCCUUUAACACCUGCCAAAGGAGUUCCCACAUCUAGAAGAAUAUCUACAUCUUUGUCUCAGGGAAGAACCCGCUCUCUUUCAAAGCAUUUUAAUUCUCGGUUUGAUAGAACUGAUGAAAGAUCUCCAACUCAGUUGUUACCAGAAAAACAAGCUGGGUCAAGGGUUAUAACUUCUACUGAAGUUACCUCUAAUACAUAUAAAUUGCCUUCAUCUUCAUCUUCUCAAAAAUCUAAAUAUUUACAACCAACAUCUACCUCUUCCAAAGACACAAUCAGAGACUAUCAACACAGUAGAGAAACUUCUUUGAAACAAACUCAUCUUUCAGAGCCUCAUUAUCCAUCUGGGUCUAGAAUUUCAAGUAGGGUAGCAUCCCAAAUAAACAAAAAGCAUGGACUUUUCCAGCCAACCCCUACAAAGGUUGAACUAUCUCCAAAACUGCCCUCCUCUAAAAUACAUCAGUCAAUUUCAAAUAGUGAUGGUGAUUACGAAGACUAUGACCAAUCAGAUGUAGAGAAAGAUCCUAUUUUGUCUUCAUCAGCCAAGACUUCACAAAUUUCUAACAAAGUGAAAUCCUUGCCUAAAUUAAACUUGGCUUUGCCACACACCUCUGAAUUUGUGUCUUCUCAUAGUCGCUUGACUUCUAGUGUUUCUCCAACACAUUCCUCAACUUCUCCCUCAGUGCCUCCUAUUCAACGAAUACAGAACUCAAGAUUAUUAAAUCCUUCUCAACGACAUCAAUUUCGAUUUCCUCAUAGACAAGGUAAUGGUAGGAGACCCAAUGUGAUGACAAAAACAGACCUAAAUAAUAAAAUAGUUCCAAAUAAUAAUGGAAAACGAAAUGGACAAAAAAUAAUAAGUGGUCCACAAGGUGCAAAGUGGAUUGUAGAUCUUGACCGAGGGCUGGUGCUGAAUGCUGAAGGGAGAUAUCUCCAAGAUUCCCAAGGAAAACCUCUCAGAGUAAAAUUAGGCGGGGAUGGCCGCACCGUUGUUGAUUCUAAAGGAGCUCCAGUAGUAAGUCCAGAUGGCUUACCUUUGUUUGGACAUGGAAGGUUUAGCAAACCUGUAGCAAAUGCACAGGACAAGCCAAUAAUAAGUCUUGGAGGUAAGCCGUUGAUAGGCCUUGAAAUGGUUAAAAAAACCACCACUCCUUAUACAACAACAACUACAACAACUCCUGAACCUACGACGACUCCUGAACCUACAACUACAAUUGCUACAACUACUCCUGAACCUACAACUACUGAGCCGCCAACAGAGAAACCACCACCUACCUGUCCUCCAGGCACCCAUACAGAGAACGAUGAACAAGGGAAUCUUGUAUUAGACCCAGAUGGUCUGCCUGAAUGCUAUUCUGAAGAUGUAUUCUCAGGGUUUGAUGCAGAUAUAACAGGAACUACAGAAUCGUACGUGGUUUAUGACGAAGAUUAUGAGUUUUUUGAAACUACUUUGCCACCAUACACCACCACCACAACCACCACCACUACUACUACUACCACCACUGAAUCAUUGCCUGAAAACAACUUUCCAGAGUUUAGUGUCACGGGCACAGAUCCUUUAUCAGAAUAUGAUUCUGCUGGAAAGAAACGAUUUACUGCUCCUUAUGUGACUUAUCUAAAUAAAGACCCAGCAGCUCCAUGCUCUUUGACAGAGGCACUAGAUCACUUCCAAGUAGAGAGCCUGGAUGAACUUGUUCCCAAUAACUUAAAGAAUACAGGGAUGCAACCUCCAAAGACUCCUCACAACAUCACCAUAGUAGCUGUGGAAGGCUGCCAUUCUUUUGUGAUUGUUGACUGGGCUGCACCUACCCAUGGAGAUCUGGUAACAGGUUAUUUAGUUUACAGCGCAUCCUAUGAAGAUGUCAUUAGGAACAAAUGGUCAACCAAGAGUGCAGCAAGCACUAAUUUACCCAUUGAAAACCUGAAGCCAAAUACAAGGUAUUACUUUAAGGUCCAAGCAACGAAUCCAUAUGGUUAUGGUCCUAUAAGUUCAUCUAUCUCCUAUGUCACUGAAUCUGAUAAUCCUCUUCUUAUUGUCAGACCUCCAGGUGGUGAACCCAUCUGGAUCCCAUUCAAUUUUAGAUACGAUCCUACAUACUCAGAAUGCAGUGGAAAACAAUAUGUGAAACGGACGUGGUACAGGAAAUUUGUAGGUGUUGUUCUUUGUAAUUCAUUGAGAUACAAGAUUUACCUCAGUGAUGAUCUAAGAGAUAUGUUUUACAGCAUUGGGGAUAGUUGGGGAAGAGGUGAAGAUCACUGUCAGUUUGUAGAUUCACACCUGGAUGGACGAACAGGACCACAGUCCUAUGUGAAUGCUCUGCCUCCUAUUCAAGGUUAUUACCGCCAGUAUCGACAAGAGCCUGUAUCAUUCGGACGCAUUGGCUUUAUGACACCCUAUUACUAUGUGGGCUGGUAUGAGUGUGGUGUAACAAUUCCAGGGAAGUGGUAGCUGUGCUACGGUCCUCUGCAGAUCGUAACCACAACUUUUGAAUAACUACCAUUGAAGGACUUGGAGCAACUGCAUCUGGGAAUGAAAGAAAACAAAAAUCCCUCAAAGAAGAAACAAGAGAAGCUCACUGGAACUCAAUGAUGUCCUUAUCCUAAAUCAAUGGUGCUGCUUGGUUAUUUUGCUUCAGGACAUAUAUAGGAUGAAUUUGGGGUUGUCCUGCCUUUUUCUCCUUGGUUCUAAUAGGCCUGGGGACGUAACUGAAAUGAGCAGUUAUCUAUGCUCAGUGAAGCCUAAUAUAUUUGAUUAACCACACAGAAAAAAAUGGAAUUGUGAUAUAUCUUGCAAGAAGAUGACUUAAGCAUGCUGUGCUUGCAUUAUGGAAUGUUAACCACUUUCCACUGCUAUUAAUAGAAUUCUUUGUUGUUAUCCACUUUGGGUUGUGAGCUUCAGAAUGUUAGCUUACAGCUGCACUAUGUUACAAAACGCCCCUGAAAACCAAAUGGAAGUGUUGCUCACAGCUUCUUCUGGGGGUUUGCACAUUGCUGAACAAAAUACCAGGUCACUCUGUAAAUUCAGCUAGCACAAACAAUGAACAACCAGUACACUAUAGUUGCAGAAAUACUUUUUAAACUGAGAUUGUGUAAAGAAAAGAAUUUAGAUAAAUACGUUUAUGGGUUAAUGUUUAUGUAAAAGGUGCUAUUCAUAACAAGUCUUCUGAAAAUAUUCUGUGAAAAAUAUACUAUGCACAAUACAUUAA